CUCCGAUGAUUAAGGGAGACCAAAUUAUAAUUCAAAAUUUCAUCGACCCUUCUUAGAAGUAUGUCUUGCAUUUCUCCAUCAAAUAACAGCACAUCAAGAAGGCUAGAUGUAACAUCUUGCGACUUUAAGCCCAGCGUUAGAUCAGCCUACAUGCAGAGCUUCACUUUAGAUAACAAAACAUCAUUGAAUAAAACUACAAAAUGGGACAGAAUCAUUCAGAAUUUCCUUUCCACCAGCACUUUACACGGAGUUAGCCAUUUGCGGCCACCUUGCUCAAAGGCACAGAAAAUCUUCUGGUUGUUAGCUAUUUUAUCUUGUGGAACAUUCUUCUUCGCUCAUGCAACUGUUUUAGUCUAUAACGCUUUGACACGUCCUGCUUUAUCGACUACUUUAACCCUGAAGUACAGAGAUCUCGAUGGCCCCUUAUUAAAUAAGCAUGAAAGGAUAACAAAAUUUCCAGGAAUCACUAUCUGUGGUCUUCAGCCAUUCAGAAGACAUGAUACAGAAGACUCUUUAUCUUUGACAAUGUACCAUGCGCUUAGCCUUGGUUAUCCAUAUACUGGUCUUACUUUAGGUGAAAGAAUCCAUUUACACCAAAUCCUUACGAAUAAAUCGGAAGAUGGGAAUAAUAACAUUAAAUCUACGUUGGAGAUUUUUAAAGAAAAACUCCAAAGUUUUACGCAUAGCAAUAUUCCAGCAGAUAAUGUCUAUAAAAUCUUAUUGAAACACAGCUAUAGAUGUGAAGAAGUAUUUAGCAGAUGUACUGUGGGAUUUGAAACAUUAAACUGCUGUGCAGUUUUUCUACCUAUUUUAACAACUUUUGGAUAUUGUUUCGCUCUUCAAAUCAACAAAACAUCACUUGGGACUUUGGAAAUGGAGACACUCCCAUUUAUAAUCGAUCUCCAUGUUCCAACUAGUAACACCACAGAUUCGGAAGAAGGAUAUCUGCUUCUAGUUCAUGAUCCACGGUUUACUCCUCGCAUGAUACUACCAAAAGAUGGAUUUCUUGUUGCACCAGGAGUCACGAUGAGUUUACGACUAACCCUUAGAAUAACCGAUUACAGCGCCAAAUACACUAAAUGGUUUGGACUAGUAACCGACUGUCCUAAAGUAGCGUGCAUGGGUGAAGACUACAGUAUUCAAGAAUGUAUUUUUCAGAAUGCAGCUCAUAAGAUAAGAGAUAUUUGUCACUGUUCUUGGAUUCUAGAUGAAUGCAAAAAUGGUGAAGACAUUCCUAUUUGUGGUCCGAAAGAAAUGACUGAAUGUGUGAUAAUAAAAUCCUCCAAGGUUUUAAAUGAUUUGUUAAAGAAAUGCCAGCCUCCCUGUUUAGAAUACAUAUUUGAAGCUGCUUCGUCGUAUGCCCAGCUGAGGUACAACUACAGCUUGCAAGAAAGGAGUCGCAUCACAAUUUCAUAUAAUACUAUCAGCUACUAUCAUAAUAUAUAUCAUAAGCACUACUUAUCCUCAUUGUUUAGUGACAUUGGAGGCUCUAUGGGAUUACUUUUAGGAGCCAGCUGCCUUACCGGAGUUGAGCUUCUGACAUUUCUGGGCCAGUGGAUAUAUUUCACAUUCUUCCAGAAGUUAUAA